AUGGACUCAAAGGACGUCAUGGACUGUGGUCUUCAGGUGCAGACUGUCGCUGCAGACCAGAUGACCGGUGGAGGGGGGACUGACGGUUCUGUAGAACCACAGGACGGUGCUGGUGGACCCAGCGGCUCUGGGGCCUCUGGUUUUGUAGAACCACUGGACGAUGUUGGUGGACCCAGCGGUUCUGAGGCCUCUGGUUCUGUAGACCCACUGGACGAUGUUGGUGGACCCAGCGGUUCUGAGGCCUCUGGUCCAGCUGCUUCAGAACCAGAGUCCCGACGGGCCCCUGCUGCUCCGGACCCGGUCAGGACCCGGUGUGCUGAGCUGCUCCUCUCUGCUCUCUGCCCUGAAGCUCUGGAUCAGAACCGGGUGGCCCGGCUGGCCGCAGACAUCGAACAGCAGGUCCACGAGCUUCACGCACAGAACCGCCUCCGAUACAAAACCUGCGUGAGGAGCAAGGUGUCCAACCUGAGGACGGCCCCCCACCUCCGCCAGGGCCUCCUAGAGGGCUCCCUGCCCCCCAGGGUCUUCGCCCGCAUGUCUGCGGAGGAGAUGGCGGGUCCAGAGCUCCGGCGGCUGAGGGAGGAGUACUCCUCCCAGGGGGUGAGGGAGCGGCAGCUCCCCCGAGGCCUGGAGGGGACCAGGACUCAGGAGGUCCGCUGCAGGCGGUGUGGGGGCCGGGACUGCAGCCUGACCCAGGUGACCCGGGGGGCUCUCUUCUUACCUGCCUGGGUGAGGCGGGGGGGUCCCGACGAGGAGGCCAUGACCUUCCUCACCUGCAGGGGGUGUGGCCAGCAGUGGUACCACAGCGGCUGGACCUGCCUCUGAGCCCACGAGCCAAAACUGCUUCGGCUGAUUCCCACUAAACAUAAUGGAGGAUCAGAUCGUGUCUUCGUCGAGUCCGUCGGUCAAAGGCACGAUCUGGACGUGUCCACGACGUCUGACCAUGACCUCACCUGUAGGUCAUGACCUCACCUGUACGUCAAGAUGGAGCCUAAUGUUUGAACGUCAGACU